AUGGCUCUGUUCUUCUUGAUUGGCGCCUUGCUGGCACCGUCAGUCUUGGCCCAGUCAGCCCAGCUUCCACUGGUCGUCGAGAUCCGGAUCGCUCCGACCGUUUUCUUGCAGCCCGUUCUGGUCUCGAUUUUCGUCCCUCAAGACACGUUGCUCAGCGCUGGCUCCGGCGCUGUCAUCCCAGUCACCGAUGCUCCGACAUUUCUCAACACCGUCAUCACAGCCACAACACUCCUCGUCCGGACCUCGACUCGAACCGUGCGACUACAGCCCUCGACAACUCAGCUCUCAGCCACUCAGACAAGCCUUGGCUCGACCAUCUCCUCCACUGUCGAGAGUACACUCACUUUUGGUUCUCCCUCUGAUUCUUCUUUGGAACCAAGCGAUACUUUUGUGCCGUCGGAAUCUCUUCCCACCAGCGUGUUCGACGAAUCUACGAGCACUUCUGCUCCUGCGUCUCCAGGCGUUUCUUCUACAAAUGACUUGGACACCCUAUCCUCUGUGGCGACGAGCUUCGGUUUCACUUCUGCUGAAACCGAAUUCCAAGGUUCUGUGUCCCUUCUGUCCGCACUGACAGACACUUUUGAACCUUCCAGUCUGUCCACGAGUGUUUCGAGCUCGUCUUCCGCAGUCCUUCCUAGUAUGGGAAGCCCCAGCUCAUCCGUUCCAAGCUCCGUCUUUGAUUUCUUGACCGCCACAAUUUCCGGACAAUCAUCAAAUAUCUCUGGAGACUCGAGCGGACCAGUGAAUCCCACCAAGUCCGCGUCUCUUUCGGUUUCCUCGGAAUCAUCUCAGAGCUUUCUAGACGAACAAUUUUCAGACCCGUUUGUGGAUACGACGUUUGCUUCGACUUCCGGUCUGGUUCUUGCCUCCAGCGGGCAACCCCUACCUUCGAGCUCCUCAGAGUCAGGCACAAACCUCUCGGGAUCGAUUGCUGCCUCUACAACUACACCAUUGUCGGGUAUUGAGGCGUUCUCAACAUCCUCAGCGUUGUCGACCAGCCUCAUGGUCGGGUCAUCUCUAAACCCCAGCGAAGCCUCUGCACUUGUUGCUUCGUCUGUUACGACGACAACACUGUGA